CAUCACCACCAAGGGUGACCUGUAGGUGGCAGCAGCGAGCUGAGAUGUGCCAUAGGAAAGACGAAGAGCCUGCAGUGUUAACUGGGAGGGGGUGUCCAUCUUAUUUACACCUGUGAGACAGCUUCCUUUUCGAAUAUUUCAGGAAUCUCUAAAAGUUACAAAACCCGGUAGAUUUCCAGACAUGAGUAGUUCAGAAGAAGUAUCCUGGAUUUCCUGGUUCUGUGGUCUGAGAGGGAAUGAGUUUUUUUGUGAGGUGGAUGAAGAUUACAUCCAGGAUAAGUUUAACCUGACAGGCCUGAAUGAGCAGGUUCCUCAUUACCGCCAGGCCUUGGAUAUGAUCUUGGACCUUGAGCCAGAUGAAGAGCUGGAGGACAAUCCCAACCAGAGCGAUCUGAUCGAGCAGGCAGCUGAGAUGCUGUACGGCCUCAUCCACGCGCGCUACAUCCUCACUAACCGGGGCAUCGCACAGAUGCUGGAAAAAUACCAGCAGGGAGAUUUUGGAUACUGUCCUCGUGUUUAUUGUGAGAAUCAGCCCAUGCUUCCUAUCGGCCUGUCAGACAUCCCAGGAGAAGCCAUGGUGAAGCUCUACUGCCCCAAAUGUAUGGACGUCUACACACCCAAGUCCUCCAGGCACCACCACACAGAUGGAGCCUAUUUUGGUACCGGUUUCCCCCACAUGCUGUUCAUGGUCCACCCAGAGUACAGACCCAAGAGGCCCGCCAAUCAGUUUGUCCCACGGCUGUACGGGUUCAAGAUCCACCCCAUGGCGUACCAGCUGCAGCUGCAGGCCGCCUCCAGCUUCAAGAGCCCUGUCAAGGCCAUCCGCUAGAGUCAGAAGGAGAGGGGUCACCUGAUUGUUUCUCCGCUCGUCAGACGUCCCCUCCCCCCUCCCGUGAAGACUGUAUUGGUUUGAUUUAGAUUAGCGCCUAUGGAAAAAGUGUAAAGAUUAAAGUGUGAGUGAAACUCGAAGAGAAAAAAAUUACACAAACGCGGCCACACACACACACACACACAUACACACACUAGGUUUACCAUACUGAAUCAACCGUGCCAAAAACAGAAAUCUGAACAAAACAGGCUCACGAGAGGAGCGUGAUUCAACUGGAAGGCACUAAAAGGGUUUUUAUAUUCACACGGACGGUUCACGGUGCAGCGCGUGAGUCCGUUACACCCCCGGCUCGGCGAUCGUUCUGUAUUUGGCAGCGUUUGGUGAAAGGUGGUGGUAAACCCUCCGUCUUUGGAUCCUCUCCCCGUGCAUGAACGCUCCGGCCAGCUCUCACAGAGACAGUAUGGAUGCCGCUGGCUGGUGUGUGUGUUUAUUAUUAUUAUUUUUUGUCCCGUCACUAGUAACCUUUGGUGUGUCCGGCGUCUCGUGAGGCAGUUGCACAGAGUGGUUUUUUUUUGUGUUAAAUUUGCCUUAAAGAGCUUCGAUUGUUAAGAGGAUGCCGAGUAGAAGCCAAAUAGGAAUUUCCGAAUCGUCUAGCAAUUGUAAAAUACCUGUGUGGAUGCUCCAGCCACCUGUGCAUGUGUCUGUUUCUGAAAUAUCUAAAAAUAACCUGAAAACGCCUCGUCCCGCCCCCAGGAGCGUCCGCUUCCCCUCAGGAAUAGUUUGACCCAUCAGAUUCCGUCUUUUAACUCAUUAAUGACUACUGGUCGUUUAUUUUAUCUGCUUUGUUUAUCAGUUUGCUGUUGCUAGGCAACAGAGUCAACAAAGUUCCGAGACUGGCUUGUGUGUGUUUCUCUCUCAAAGACAAAUAUAAACAGCUAUUUUGGAGUUGUUCGUCGCUUCUGACCAAAUGGCCUCCAACAUCUAGUUAAAGAGGUGUUACACCCCGAUUCGUUACCUCGUUAUAUAACAGAUUUAUUUUGUUUUUAAUGAUAUUCGGGGGUUUAAAAGGGGGAAAUGACAAUAAUCACAGCUUUUAAGGUGAUUUGAUCUCAGGUUAUUGAGAGUUUUUGAUCUUUUUAGUCAUAAACUAAAAGAUAUUUCCAUGACGAUGUCUAAAGUAUUUAUUAGAGCUCCAACGCUGCAUUAGUCAGAGAGAACAAGGCAGCAUCAGUCUCAUGUUUGGGUGGGAUCCUGGGAAAACACCAUCCAGCUUCUUAAACAGAUUUUCCUUUCUGAACGAGACUAGUGUUUUGUUUUGUAGUUUGAGCAGAUGAAACCUCUAUGUUGUUUGUUUGUUGAUGAUUUGUGUCACCUGAACAUUUCCAGGAUUUGUUUUUCGAACAAAAGUCAAACUAUUGCUGUUGAGAAUGAGGCCCAAAGACAAUCUGAACCCUUGAUCUCCCUCCAUCGCUGCACUGAUCCGACCCCUCCACGUCAUUAUUUAUGUUCAGCUUCAGAGACGGACAGACUCUCCUCCUGCUGCCUGUUUUUGCUGUCUGAAAACAGCAGGGGACUCUCGGCAGCCCUCCUCCUGUGACUGCAGCAGUUUUUUAGUUUUCACAAUGCACAAGGUAUUUUACGUGUCCUGAUUUGACUGAUGACGUUUGUUUGUUGUUAUGUUUGUGCGACUGUGGGCGGGUGAGCAGGAUUCGGAAACUCAAUAAACUUCUGUUUUCUUUUCA